GGGAAAAUGGACUUGCCUAGCCCACAGGUUGUCGAUGCCAGCAGGUUGUGGCCAAAGCAGCAUGGUAAUGCCAAAAUCUGGGUGUCAACGUGCCUAGAAGCUCUGGUCGGGCUUCAAAGUAGUCACCAAUGUCCCCUCAUGGGAUAUAUAUAGACCAGGUUCAAAUGCUCUCCUCAUCUAGAAAAAUUUCUCAACUCUCUCAGGAUCAAGCACCCCAUGAAUGAACUUAGUAACAAAGUACAAGGCUAUAUUAGCCCAGGUUUAGAAUGCAGAGCCACCACUGCCCUCACGGGCACGCCACACCGCCUUGAAUUAGUGUAGUAUCAAGGGCAAAGCUAUAUAUUAGCCCAAGGUUCAUCUCUAAAUAUGUUUGUCUGUUACAGGACUUGAAUAUUUCACCAGAUUCAAUACUGCAGAAUGUAGAUGAGUAGACAGUUCAUAGUCUCAAUGGAUGCAGAGUGACUGAUCAAAUUUUGCGUUUGGUCCCAAAUAUUCAGAGCUUUCGUACUACACUGAGAUGUGUGACACUCUGGGCAAAGCGACGUGGGGUUUAUUCAAAUGUUUCAAGGUUUCUUGGUGGUAUCAAUUGGGCGUUACUUGUUGCUCGUAUAUGCCAACGUUACACAUGGUGUAUCAUGUCUCCGAUAAUUUACUUCAUGAUGCUAGUAGCAAUCAAGAAACUUUAAUCUUUUGUUCUCAAACCCUCAGAAGCAAGGUACAACGAGAUUUUGAAGAGCUGUCUUCUGAAGCUUUUCGCCCGUUACGGGAUUUAUUAAAUGAUCCCUGCUUCUACACUUGCUUCUCACCCAUUGGUGCUAACAGCUCUCUCUAGCUUGAAUUCUGAUAUCCUUUCAGAGGCAUCCGUGAAUGUUAUAUAAUCAUCAUUUUGGUGAAGAUGAUUGAUGACUUGAUGAAGCUGAAGAGAGCUGUGGAUGAAGUUAUUUUCAGAGAAUUUGGAGAGCACACUGAAUAUUAUUAUUUUUAUGAUUUUGUAUUGUCAUAUUGUAUUUAAAGGGGUUUUAUAAGUUUUUUAAGUUUUUUCAUUUUUUAAUAUAUGUAAGCACAGAUAAUUUUUUUUAUUUAAUUCCUUUGUAUAUAGUUUUGAAUAUUUAAUUUCCAUUUAUGAAAUAUAUGACGUUAUUCUA